GAGUACGCAACAAAACAAGUAGAGACAAAGCACCUGCCGACCUUCUCUCGGUCUCUCUCUCUCUCGCGCACGGCCUUCAGACAGGUCUUUGUUCCUUGUGGCACUUGUGUCGCUUCUUUCACAGAAUUAUACUGACGUCUUCGUAGAAUGCCAUGUCUCUCGAUCCCUCUCGUGCUGCUACAUCUGAUGCCGGGGAGAAGAGGUGGGCCAAAUCUUGCCUUUCUUUUCAUGAGGGCAUCAUGAUAGCUUAGACUCCGCUUGACGGCUUGUGAUGGAUACAUAGAAGGGAAACUGCAUCUGAUACAGCUUUCAUCUCCUGCUGCUGCUUUUGCUCAUGAGAGAUCAGAUCGAGCGCUGCAUGUUGGAGCUUCUAAGAAAGAGGAAGAAAAGCAGAGUCUUUUGGGGAGUUCCGACUCUGCUAUCGGGUCAUCCCAAGACAGCGAGCAGUCUCUGAUUGGCUGCCUCGAGGAGGUGAUUCCAUCGAAGUUGUGUGUGGUUUCAGUACACAGGUUAAAGGAUUAAGAAGCCAUGCGUAGUUGCUUGAUAUGACGGAGUACUUCUUUUACCGAGAGAGCACUUGGGAAGAUGGAUCGAGUGGUGUCGACUGUUCGACGUGGGCUUCUUCGGUUCACUCGAUCGAUCGUCCAUGUUCUUCCCUUUGCUUUUCUCCAUGAGCAUUUUGCGUCGACCGAGGCAUUCGAUCGAGCUACAAUCCUAAGCUGAUCUCUCUCUCUCUCUCUCUCUCUCUCUCUCUCUCGCGAUGGCGACGUUCAUUCAUGGAGCUCCGGAAGUGCAACCGGAUGGGCUGCAGACCCUCUUCCUCAUGAACCCCGGCUACGCUGGCUACAUGGACGCAGCAGCUCCGGCCAACAUGGUCCUACUCAACUCCACGAUGAAUUCAUUGAACCCGAUCAUUCUCGCACAAGCAGGCCAGCCGAACCAGCAGCAGCAGGACUUCGUCGGAAUCCCUCUCCAACCAGCAGCGCGGCUCCGUGACUCGGACCGCCCCCUACCGAUCCACGCGUCCCAUGAUGCGUCGGUACUCACCCGCCUCCAUCACAACCUCUGGACGCCGACGCCCACGAGCAACUCCGUCGACGUGGCAUCCCAGUUCAGUCCCCGGCGGCGAGGACUGUCUCUGAGCCUCUCUCCACAUGAGAUGGCGAUGACUCCGGGGAGCGCCCACGAGGUGAUGUUUGCGGCGUCUGUAGGUGGCGCGAAUGGCGUCUCUGGCCGGCGGAGCUUCUUGAUGGGUUCCAAGUACUUGAAGGCAGCUCAACAGUUGCUCGACGAGGUGGUCGACGUCGGGAAGGGGAUUAAAGAUGAGGCAGCGAAGGGGCCUAAGUCGAGGAACACAGAGCUGAAAGGUGGAGAAACCACGAGCACGAAGCAAAGAGCGGAUCUGACAACAGCUGAGAGGCAGGAGCUACAGAUGAAGAAGGCCAAGCUCAUCAGCAUGCUCGAGGAGGCGGAACAGAGAUACAGGAAGUACAACCACCAGAUGCAAACCGUGAUCGCUUCCUUCGAAGCUGUUGCUGGCCAUGGAUCUGCAAGAACAUACACCGUCCUCGCUCAGCGGACCAUAUCGAAGCAAUUCCGGUGUCUCCGAGACGCCAUCGUCGGCCAGAUUCGAGCAACCUGCAAGACUUUGGGGGAGGAAGACACCAAGCUGGGGAACUCGAGGCUUCGGUUCAUCGAUCAGCAUCUGAGACAGCAGAGGCAGAUGAUCCAGCCGAAUGCCUGGCGACCUCAGCGAGGACUCCCUGAACGCUCUGUUUCCGUUCUCCGAGCUUGGCUGUUCGAGCACUUCCUCCACCCAUACCCAACGGAUUCGGACAAGUUUAUGCUGGCCAAGCAAACAGGACUCACGAGGAGUCAGGUCGCGAAUUGGUUCAUCAAUGCGAGAGUGCGCCUAUGGAAGCCCAUGGUGGAGGAAAUUUACCUGGAAGAGACGAAGCACCACGAACAGCGCAACGCCGAUGAGACUGCAACCAAGAUUGACGCCAAUGGACGCUCCACAUCCAAGUCCAGCACAGGGAUGACUGAUAGCCUCAAGAACGACGUCAAGCAACCAUCUGCAGCAGCACAACCACCACCACCACCACCACCAUUUGAGCCGAAGCUGGACGCCUUGAGCAACCAAGAGCUGCUGAUGAAGUUCAUGGACGCGAGGCAGAGGAUUGAGGAGCAAGCAUACCCGUUGAUAGCAGGCAGCAGCAGCCAAGGAGGUGAUCAUGAGGCCUAUCCGACAUUUGCUUCGAGGUUCUCAGGCAAUGGCGUCUCCCUCACGCUUGGCCUUCAACACAGUGGAAACCUCUCGCUGUCGGGAGCGCAGCCAUCCAUUCCAUCCAGCGAGAGCAUAUGGGCAGGAGGAUGGAGAUGAGCAGUGAGGCCACAGACUCCUGCAGUUUGUUCAACAAUGCAGCAUUCAUGGCCAGAAAUCUCCUUGUCAUCUCUGUUCCUCAGAGUUGAGUGCUUUAGGAGUUGAUCACAGGGUCUCAUACUGCAUGGAAGCUUGUUAUUGGAUAUGGUGUGUGAGUUAGGAGGUUAGUCCAUAAGGUUUAGGAACAUAUAGUUAGGGAGCUUACUCAUAUGAGACACAUAUCAAUCAUAGAUAUGGAUGAAUCUUAUACAGAUAUAUGUUGUAUA